ACACUAUAAAACCAACCUGUGAGAGUUUGCCACACAGAAUCUUUAUAAUGCAAACAUUGAUUUACAUAUUGUAAUCCAAACAGUGUUUACUUAAAAGUUUCAGCUAUUAUUUUAGAGUUCAAGAUCAUCACCAAGAUGGUAAAACAUCAGAAUUUAAAUUCACACCAAACAGGAAACUGUUAACCUUAUACUGCCCAGCUGGUUUAUUAUCAUCAUCAUAAAAGCACAGUUUAGCAUUUGUAUGGACAUACACGAGUGAUGGCUAUGAACUGUGGUCAUAAACUCUGGGUUAUCUUGUGUAUUUCAGCUUCAUGUAAAUUUGCUAUAUGGUGGCUUUAUAACUGUUGUGUUUUUAAAUAUAACCUUUAUGUAACCCACCAACUCUUCACUUUGUUGCUGUGUUGGCUGUCACGUUGAAGAAGAACGGCCCAAAUACAAGCCUUUGGUCACACAGCUUGCCGCCCCUAAAAUCCCCGAGGGGGAGAGGGUGGACUUUGAUGAUAUCCACAGGAAACGGAUGGAGAAAGAUCUUCUGGAGCUUCAGACUUUGAUCGAUGUCCACUUCGAACAGAGGAAGAAAGAGGAGGAGGAGUUGAUAGGACUCAAAGACAGGAUCGAGAGUCGCCGGGCAGAACGAGCAGAGCAGCAGCGUGUGAGGGCUGAAAAAGAGCGAUGCAGACAGACGAGGAUUGCGGAGGAGAGACAGAGGAAAGAAGACGAAGAGGCCAAGAAGAGAGCCGAUGAUGAGGCCAAGAAGAAGAAAGUUCUCUCCAACAUGGGGGCUCACUUUGGAGGGUUCCUGGCCAAGGUUGAGCAGAGGCGAGGCAAAAAACAAACUGCGCGGGAAAUCAAGAAGAAGACUUUGGCAGAGAGACGCAAGCCGCUGGCUAUUGAGAACCUGCGAGAAGACGGCCUGAGAGAGAGAGCCAAGGAGAUGUGGGAAUGUAUCUACCAGCUGGAGUCAGAUAAAUUUGACCUGACUGAGAAGAUGAGGAGGCAGAAGUAUGAGAUCAAUGUCCUUCUGAACAGAAUUCAACAUGCUCAGAAAUUCAAAAAGGUCCACGGGAAAGGCAAGGUUGGAGGACGCUGGAAGUGAACUCACAAAGGAAGACGAUGGCUCACUAGUUUCAGUCGAAGAUUGCAGUGUUCAUCCAUUGAGUUUAAAGACAUAUAACAGAUGUUUGUGUUGGAUUUAUUGAAAUACAACGACUUGCAAUUGAAACUGAUAUUAAUAAAAGGCAUGUGUACAUAAAC